GCCGCGGCUAGGGAUGCUUGCGGGUCAGGCCGCAGCUGCGAGGCCCGACUCAACCCCGCGGGCCUGGGGUCUGGAGAAUCAGCUGGUGCGGGAGCGGGCAGGGCACGGGAUGCUCUUCUGCUGUACUUUCUCUUGGCGUUCAGGAGGUUGCCUAGCUACGCCUUAGAGAGCUUUGCAUCAGUUCCGAGUCCUUCUGACAAUUGAGGAAACUGAGGGCAAGAAGUGGAAGACGUAGCCAUCUCCUGGGCCACGCAGAUUGCCAAGGAGAGGCCGGAUACCGAGACCUUGCGGUCUGCGCUCCCAGGUCCUCUGGAGUGGGUGGUCGUGGGGCGCAAGGGCCCAGCUCCGUCCCCUGCACCCCACGGCACCCCUAGCCGCCGCCGGAGGCUCCCCGGAGGAGGAGCUCCGAACGCGGAGGAGGAGCCAGACUCUGGGAGCCAGGACACCAUUCACCCGGAUAGGAGGCAGAACCAGGGAGGAACCCCAUCAGCCAGGUGGCCAGAAAGCUCCGGGAGCAGCUUCAUGGAAGACAAACAGAUUCUGUGCGUGGGGCUAGUGGUGCUGGACAUCAUCAAUGUGAUGGACAAAUACCCAGAGGAGGACACGGACAGCAGGUGCUUGUCCCAGAGAUGGCAACGUGGAGGCAAUGCAUCCAACUCCUGCACUGUCCUCUCCCUGCUUGGAGCCCCCUGUGCCUUCAUGGGCUCGCUGGCCCCGGGCCACGUUGCCGAUUUUGUCCUGGACGACUUCCGCCGCUAUUCUGUGGACCUCCGCUACAUGGUCUUUCAGACCACGGGCUCCGUCCCCAUCUCCACAGUCAUCAUCAGCGAGGCCAGCGGUAGCCGCACCAUCCUACAUGCCUACAGGUUUGUACACCUGUUUGCACCCUGCCAGCUGCUGCCGCCACCAUCACUCAGCCCCCAGAGCAAGACCCUCCUCUCCAAGGCCUGUGUGCUCCCCACUGGAAGGCCUGGAAGGCCUGGGCCACUUGGAGUCUCUAAUCUGUGUCUCCUUGCCCUUCCCUUGGCUCGGGCUCCCCCCACCAAGCUUCCUGGUGGCUGACUUCAGGCAGCGGGGCGUGGAUGUGUCUCAGGUGGCCUGGCAGAGCAGAGGGGAGACCCCGUGCUCUUGUUGCAUCGUCAACAUCUCCAAUGGCUCCCGUACCAUUGUACUCUACGACACGAACCUGCCAGAUGUGUCCGCUAAAGAUUUUGAGAAGGUUGAGCUGACCCGGUUCAAAUGGAUCCACAUUGAGGGCCGGAAUGCAUCAGAGCAGGUGAAGAUGCUACAGCGGAUAGAACAGCACAAUGCCAGGCAGCCUCCAGAGAGCAAGAUCAAGGUGUCUGUGGAGGUGGAGAAGCCGCGUGAGGAGCUGUACCAGCUGUUUGGUUAUGGAGAUGUGGUGUUUGUCAGCAAAGAUGUGGCCAAGCACUUCGGGUUCCGGUCAGCAGAGGAGGCCCUGAGGGGCUUGUAUAGCCGCGUGAGGAAGGGGACCACGCUGGUCUGUGCCUGGGCGGAGGAGGGCGCCGACGCGCUGGGCCCUGAUGGACAGCUGCUCCACUCCGACGCUUUCCCACCGCCCCACGUGGUGGACACUCUGGGGGCUGGAGACACCUUCAACGCGGCAGUCAUCUUCAGCCUGUCCCAGGGGAAGAGCAUGCAGGAGGCUCUGAGGUUCGGCUGCCAGGUGGCUGGCAAGAAGUGCGGUCUGCAGGGUUUUGAUGGCAUCGUAUGAGUGCCCUGUGGCAGUGGGCACCGGCUCACACCCUGCCCCAGGCUAGCGUCACUGGCUCCUGUUGCCUUCUCCUCUGCGGCCAGCCUGGCAUCAGGCUGCCCUUCUCCCUGGGCCGAUCUGGGUUGUGGGAGGGCUCCACCUGUGACCUGGCAUCUCACUUGGCAGAGUCGCAGAGCAAAUAAAUCUUCCCAGAGCCAGCUUCC